GUCCAGAACGGUGUCAUAUAUUGACUCGCUGAAGGAUGCAAAAUGUGCUCCCAGGAAACCUCGAGACGUACCCUGGUCGAGAGACCAGCUCGUGGCGCAUGACGGCGUCCCUAAUGAGGGUAGCGCCCCUUCCAAUGAUGCGAAGGACGCGCUCGUCGACAUGGGAUACGGACACCGUGCAGACGAUGCAGACCUUGGGGGUGCAACGAUUGUCGAUCCCGAAAGAAUUCAACGACAACAACGGCCUUGGCGACAGCGACGAGAUGAAACCCCAAGGAGUGGUAAAGUGGUCGAUGCUCAUCGAACCCCCGCAAGCAUGUACGAGAGGGGAACCGACGUCGCUUUCGUGGUCUAUGACAGACGACCUUGCCCUGGGGUUCCAUCCCACGACUGUGCGCAUUGAAGUGUGGAACAAAGCGUGGACUGUCCCGACCGUGAUUGCCAUGACAGCACCCAACUCUGGACAUUACCUCUGGAAACGCGUGUAUUGGGGCAUGCCGAUCAAGGACGAGUACUACAUCAAGAUUUAUGGGGCCGACGACGACAACUCCAACACCCUCUUGGCCGAAAGCCCGUUGUUUGCCAUUGUCAAGUGAACAUGCAUCCACGUCCAACGCACAUCACCUCCCAUCAUCGCGUGUCCCCAUGUCCCUCCCGCCAGUUCAUGGAUGCGUCCGUCUUCAUUCCGUAAUCCCGACAUGCUGUGUCCCCCGAUGCCAACCUUAUGCCGUCAACAUCAUGCCGUAGUGUCCUGUGUGUGGUUGAUCAAUGAACAUUUUAUUUAUUUCAUAAUCCAAUGUUAUCCGUAUAAUCUAUAAUAUAUGCGAGUAUUGUUCA